CGUCAUACCUGUAGGACAAGAGACACAACCACCACAGGGGGAUCAUACUGUCAUGGGGUCUGCUUCAAGUAUGUCUGACCCUGCAAGCUCUGAUCACAAUCCUAACUUUGUGUGGCAAGCAGAGAACAAUAUGUCAACCCAGACAGGCAAGAAUGGUUCCGCCACAACUAAUGGGCCCUCAGUACAAGAGAAUGCCUCUGGCAGUUCCACAUGGGUGAAUAUACUUCCUCCUGCAUCCUCUCAGAGUCAGGCAUCAGAAAAUGAGGGUAAUGCAAUAAGGAUUCAGAAAGGACAGACUGGCAUACACCAGUCCGAUGAGCAAGGCACACAAGUGACAGGGAGAGAGCCUGCAGUCAACGGAUUCCCAUACAUGAGCGUCAUGCAAGUUCCCUCUCAAACGAUCGCGGACAGAGCUGCCAAUCUCCAGGUGGGGGACUCCUUCUCCACAUGGGAGGAGCUACAAGCAGUCCUGGACGAGUUCCAGAGACUAAACAAAGUAAAGCUGAGCAAAACCUUCUGCACGACGGUGGAGGCAAAGAACAAGAAACUGUCAGACUUCGUGCAGAAGUUUCCCAGUGCACAUGUCUACUCAAAUAUUCAGUUUGGGUGUAUACAUUCUGGGAAGCGUCGCUCUCGAAGCACCGGAAUUCGUGCCAACCAGUGGAGCAUCAAAAUGGAAUGUCCGGCUCGUAUCUAUGUGACAUCGGACCGCGCCAAGCAAAAGCUCGUCGUCAAAGCCUUCAACAACAACCACAACCAUGAAAUAAACAAGGAGAUAAAGAAGGUUCCCUCACCGCCAAAAUCAAGGGAGACAAAGUACAAAGAGGCGCUGGAGAUAGCCACAGAGAUUGCUGAAGUCACGAGUCUCUGUGGGGACGAAGAGUUCAAGCGCCGACUAGAGCAGAUGCGCUACCUGCUGAACUGUUGGAAGUCGAAUAAAGCAGUGCAAAUAAAAUGUACUGCUCAUGACAGUAAGGCCUGCACCUCAGGAAGUCACCGUAGGCAGGGACAACCUGCUGAUCAACUUGAGGGAACAGAGGCUGCUAACCACCUUAGCGCUACUCCACAUGUACACAAAGUGAGCUGUGCCCCAAGUGAUGAUAAUGAGGGCAGUUGUAUAGGGACUAAAGGGGUAAAGAGGCGUGCAGAGAAUAAGAACACUGACAAGUUUCAGCAACGUAAAAAGCCAAAAGCUGCAGAUACAACUUUAUCAGACUCUUUAUGGAUGUCCCAAGCAUAAAGUUUACUGCCAGGCAGAUGCCAAAUGAAUCAAUUCCCACUGAUUUGUAUGGUAAAAGUCUUCCUAUAAUACCCACCCUGUUAUCAAACAAUAGUAUGAGUUCACUUACAUAAGUUACAGUUUAUGCUACAUUCAGACAUUCAUCAAGCACUGAACAUAUAUACUAUAUGCUGUUCACAAACUUAUAUUUGAGUAAAUGAAGAUACAGUCAAAACUGUCCAAGAAUACC